CACCCCCGCGCCAGGGCCGUCUUUUAGUGUCGGUGUCCGCGCCUGGUCGACAGCAGGCGGCGGUAAUCUGACUCGCGUGUUCUGGUCGCCUGUGGCCGCGGUAGACCCCUGACAGCGCCAGUGUCGGACUAGUCCCGCCGCCCGCCGGAACUAUCCAGUCAGAAUCCCUGUGGUGCUUGUCAACCAGCGGGGAUUGGCCGACCUCCCGGUGACCUCUGGGUGACCUCUGAACUGACCGGUCGAGGUCGAGACACGGUCGUAUUGUUCAGCCCAGCUCAGCAGAGGUCAACCGUCAUCGGCCUGACCUGACCUCUGUGACCCGGCCCCGGACGGAGCUGUAGUCACCGAGCCACUCGAGACGUCUGCCGCCUCCUGAGCGUUUGGCCGAGGAACGCACGGCCGAAUCGUCCCUCAUCACGACCUUACGAUGGCGGCUGCAGAGGGUUUCGACUACAACGCCAUCAAUGACGGCGCCAACUACCUCCUAGACAGAACCAAGCACCGACCCACGAUCGGCAUCAUCUGCGGAUCAGGCCUAGGUAGCCUCGUGGACCACCUGACGGAGCGCGAGUCGUUUUCUUACGAGGAUAUUCCCAACUUCCCCGUGUCGACGGUGCACGGCCAUGACGGUCGGGUCGUCUUUGGUCUGCUCAACGGCGUACCCGUCAUGUGUAUGAAGGGUCGAGUGCAUCGUUAUGAAGGUUACCCCAUGUGGAAGACCACCGUGCCGAUUCGCGUGAUGCGGCUGGUUGGCGUUAGUGACGUCAUCAUUUCGACGGCCACCGGCGGACUGAACCGUGGAUACAAGAUCGGUGACGUGAUGAUCAUCAAGGACCACAUCAACAUGCCGGGAUUCUCGGGCGACUCACCGCUCAUCGGCAAGAAUGAUGAACGUUUCGGGCCUCGGUUCCCGGGCAUGUCAAACGCCUACGACAAACAGCUUCGUCAGGAGGCCAAGAACGUGGUGAAGGAGAUGGGUAUCGAGGAGAGCGUCCACGAGGGCGUGUACGUCAUGCUCGGGGGGCCCUCCUACGAGACGGUGGCCGAGCUGCGGCUGCUCCGGCUGCUCGGCGCCGACGCCGUCGGCAUGAGCACGGUGGCUGAGGUGGUGGUGGCGCGCCACUGCGGAAUGCGCGUGUUCGCGUUCAGCCUUAUCACCAACAAGUGCAUCAUGGACUGGGACACGGACGACGAGCCGCUGCACACCGAGGUGAUCGCGGUGGCCGAGCAGCGAAAACACCACCUUCAGGAGCUGGUGGCGCGAAUGGCCGCGCGCAUGGUUCAGAAAUGACGAGACAGCGGGGAGAGAGAGAGAGAGAGAGAGAGAGAGAGAGAGAGAGAGAGAGAGGGAGAGGGAGAGAGAGAGGAGAGAGAGAGAGGGAGACAGAGAGAGACAGAGAGAGAGAAAGAGCGAUAGAUAGAGAGAGAGAGAGAGAGAGAGAGAGAGAGAGAGAGAGAGAGAGAGAGAGAGAGAGAGAGAGAGAGAGAGAG